GCGUGACUCAGAGGAGUUCUCUGAUUGGUCAGCGGGCACCAUUCAAGCUCCGCCCCUUGCGUCACUAAUUUGUAGUGGAGCCAACGUCCAGCGGAAAGCUCGUCGGGCUGAAGAAAACCCGAAAAUGAGUCACCUGAAAGAGCGUUUCGUGACACUGCUCCAUGAAAAGAACUUUGUGACAGACCAGCUGGAGAAGCUGGAACAUAAAACCGGAGUAAGAAGAGAAUUCAUCGUUUUGGGUGUUCUUGGAAUCAUCGGGCUCUACCUUCUGUUUGGAUAUGGAGCCUCUCUACUCUGCAACCUGAUUGGCUUCAUUUAUCCAGCAUACUUCUCCAUCAAGGCCAUUGAGAGCAGUAAUAAAGAGGACGACACACAGUGGCUGACCUAUUGGGUUGUUUAUGGGCUCUUCAGYGUUGUUGAAUCCUUCUCCGAUAUCUUCCUCUUCUGGUUCCCCUUCUACUAUGCAAGCAAGUGCCUCUUCCUGAUCUGGUGUAUGGCUCCGGUGACGUGGAACGGUUCGGACAUUUUGUACAAGCGGGUGAUUCGGCCGUUUUUCUUGAAACACCAGAGUACCAUGGACACCGUGGUCAGUGAUCUGACUGCCAAGGCCAAGAACGUCACUGAGAGCGUCACAAAGGAGGCUUUUAACCGGGCCCUCAGCCACGAGAAGGAUCAGUAAGAACCAUGGAAGGCUUUGUGUUGUGUGUUUUUGUUUGUCUGGUGUUUGCCUUUUUGUUUGUCCAUGUCUUUUCAUGGUGGAUGAUGCUGAUCAACCUGCACUUGACAGUGAACUGAAGCCUCCCCCUCCUGAACAAAACCUGUUUGUGCAUCCACAUGGGUUUACUGCCAUCAGUACUGCGAGGACACUUAAUGAAACUGUGACCGUUCUGUGUGAUUUUGUCUUUGUUGUCACAAUGAAUUGGAAAAAAUGUUUAUAGCAAAAAGAAAAAAAGUCCUGUUUGCUUGCACAUUUAAACACUCGAGGUACAAUCAAUAUUUAAAACCAUAUCGAUAACACAAAUGAAUGAAGUAAAAGUCAUCUCAGGAAAUUUGAAGUCAUCACCUUUUCCUUAAAAUGUUUAUAAACAUGUUUCAUUGAUAACUGGGUAAUGAUUGUUUUCUUGCCCUUACAUGCCUUAUGUGGCAGGCCGAAUUCAGUCUGAGGUACUAAAAAGUUUCUCAGUCUUUAUCAGUGACUGAAAAACUUCUGUCUUUUAAAUUGUCUUAACUUAUUAUAGUGUAUUGAUUUAAAAAUAAAACUGGAACCCUCACUAACUAAAA